AUGGCUGCUACCAACUCGAAUAUACCCAGUGAUAGUCCAACAAAGAAAGAGGACGAAUUCAAUGAAUUUUAUUCAGAAGUAAAAGAAAUAGAGAAGAGGGAUUCAGUAUUAACACCCAAACAACAAAUCGACAGAUUACUUCGACCUGGAUCGUCUUAUUUUAAUUUAAACCCUUUUGAAGUAUUACAAAUUGAUCCAUCCACCUCCAUAGAUGAAAUCAAGAAAAAAUACCGUCGUAUGUCAAUUUUGGUUCAUCCUGAUAAAAACCAGGAUGAUGCAGAACGUGCACAACAAGCAUUUGAAAUUGUUAACAAAGCAUGGAAAACAUUGGAAAAUGAAGAAACUAGAGCAAAAUGCAUGGAUGUUAUUGAAGAAGCUAAAGCUCGGACGGAUCACAUGAUUGCAGAAAAAAAGAAAAAAUUGAAAAAAGAAGGAAAAACAGAAAGUGGAGCUGUACUUGAAGAAGAAACAGAAGAGGGUUACAGGCACGCAGUUUGGGUGAUGACAAUGAAACUCUUCGCUGAUAUGGAGAGAAGAAGAAGAGAAUUAGCCACCAGGGAUGCAGAACAGCGUAAGAGAAAACGAGAAGAGGAAUUAUCUGCUGAAGCACAGGCUGCAUUAGAACGUGAGUGGCAAAAAAAUUUUGAGGAAUCUCGACAAUCAAGAGUUGAUAGUUGGAAAGCUUUCCAAUCUGGUGCCAGUGCUACAAAACAAAAGAAAGCGAAAAAGUUGAAAGCUUUCAGGCCUCCCAAAACGAAAGCUGAGUCGCGAUAA